AUGAACUACGACAAACUGAGCCGGGCCUUGAGGUAUUACUACGACAAGAACAUUAUGACCAAAGUCCACGGAAAACGUUACGCCUACAAGUUUGACUUCGCUGGGCUUGCUCAAGCCAUGCAGCCAUCUUCAACAGACCCAUCGGCGUAUAAAUACCAACAGGACUACUUAAUGUCUCCCUAUCAAUACCAUCACCACCAUCAUCAUCACCAUGCGCACAAUCAGAAACUGAACUAUUUGAAUCCUCACUCGCCGCUAUCCAACUCAGCCACACCAAGUUUGUUUCCUCCACCUUCCAGCUACUGGCCGGGAAGUCCUGGUUCGAAUCUUUACCACAAUAUUCCAAAUCACCACAUGCCCCCUCAUCCUGGUCACAUGGCACCACCGCUACCCUACUACCCGUAUGAUCGAUGGGAGGCGUGA